AUGUUGUCACUCAUUGUCUCCUCCCUAAUUGCCCUGGCGCAGGCUGCUCCCCACCAACCGCAACACGCUGCUGCUCUUCCUGCCAAUCUGGUGCGAGACUUGGCUACCGCUGUCGCCUUCCGUAAGACGGUUACUGGCCCCCCGGAGGUCCUCGCAAACUGGACCGGCUCCGAUAUCUGCCAAUGGUAUGGAUUUUUCUGCGCCCCAAAUCCCGACACUGGUGUCCUCAGCCUCGGUUCCGUCGACUUCAACAACUUCCACUUGACCGGCAACCUCAAGCUGAACCACUUUGUCGAGAAUCUGCCGGAUCUUGCCCUUAUCCAUAUCGUCAACAACAGCUUCAGCGGCCCCAUCCCCAACCUCAAGAACAGCAAGUACCUAUACGAGGUCGACGUCAGCGACAACAAAUUCUCCGGUGGCUUCCCUAGGAACGUACUAAGCAACAACGGUCUCGUUUACCUCGACAUCGGCAACAACCAGUUCACCGGCCCCCUCCCCACAGACCUCAUGUCUUCCCUCCCCCAACUCGAGGUCCUCUUUGUCCGCGUGAACCGCUUCAGUGGCUCCAUCCCCGACAUGUUUGCCAACUCCCAGAACCUCCAAGCCGCCAGCUUCCUCGAGAACCAGUUCACCGGCCCCAUCCCCGCCAGUCUGACAAAAGCCAUGUCGCUCCAGGAACUCAGCUUCGCCACCAACAACCUCACCGGCACCAUCCCCAAGGGCUUCGGCCUCCUGCCUAACCUCACCGCCGUUGAUUUCUCGUGGAACCAGCUUACCGGUACCGUCCCCGAGGACCUUUGCGCUAGCAAGUCGAUCCAAUACAUCUCGGUCUCUGGCAACAAGAUCGAUCCCCGCCUUGGUCCUGAGUGCACAAAGGCAAAGGCGAAGGGCAUUUUGAUCAACUAG